AGAAAAGAGGAGAAGUUUUAUCCUCAACAGUCAAUAGUCAGAAAGCAUAGUCUGAUCAGAAACUCCAUUUCCCUUUCCUUUAUACCGAAUUUCAACCCCCUUUAUCCUUAUCUUUCUCAGUUUCUCUUUAAAAACUCAGACAAUUUUAAGCAAUAAACACUCAAUCUUGAAUCUCAUUUUCCAAAAUCCCAAUCAUGAAACUCAGAGUUAGGUCCCUCGAAUCCAAACAAACCAUAAAAAUCGAACUCCCAAAUCCCUCUUCUACUCUUCAACAACUCAAACAAACCCUCUCUCAAUCACUCUCCUCUUCCUCUUCCUCUUCCUCUUCUCUUCAUUUCUCCCUAAACCGCAAAGACGAGCUCCACGCGUCAUCUCCUGAAGCCACUCUCCAAUCCCUCGGUAUUACCUCCGGUGACCUUAUCUUCUUCACCCAUAACCCCACUGCCUUCUCUUCCCCUUCCCAAUCCCAAUCCCAAUCCCAAUCCCAAACCCUAAUCCCCAAUUCCUCCUCGUCCGUACAACAACAACCUCCAAACCCUAAACCUAACCCUAACCCUAAUUCCCCAAAUCAAAACAUGUCUGAAAAGGCCGAAAUUACUCCCUCAGAUCAAGAAACCCCAGAGCAUGAAAUCUCAGAUUCUGAGACUGAUGUUGAUAUGAGUGAUUCAACAACAGCGAAUCUUCUUCAGGAAGACGACGAAGAAACCCUAGGAGGAGAAAUUUCUGAGUCUGGGUUUGGACCUGGACCUGGACCUUCUGGUGCUGAAACCAUGGAAUUGGAUGAUGGGUCUUCGGUUUUGUCUCGCAAGAAGUAUUUUGAACAUUAUUUUCUGAGAAGGGUAUUGAGGGAAGAGUUGGGUGGUGGCGAUGGUAGUGAUCACAAGCUCGUGGUGAUUGCGAUUCAUGCGGUUCUUUUGGAGUCUGGUUUCGUCGGGUUCGAUUCGGUUUCAGGUAUGCGGGUUGAUGGGUUUCAUCUCCCGGAUGUGUGGCCUUCAAAAGCUUUCACCAUGUCGCUUUGCUAUACUCUGCCUGAGCUUUUAGGUACUGUUAAUGGUAAUGGUAAUUAUAAUGUACCUGAAAGUAUUGUUUUGAAGUUUCAGAAUGUGGGUCAUUGUAUUAAUAUUUAUGGGUCUUUGGCUAAAGGUGGGUCGGGGUUGCACCGUGUGUGUUUGAAUGAAAAUAGGUUUGUGCCGGCUUUAGAAUCAGUUUGGGUGGUGAAUGGUGAUUCCAAUGAUGAAAUUAAAAAUCAAGAUGGGUUUCUUGAAACUGAGGUUUUUGAAUUUUGGAAAAUUGUUAAAGAUGGGAUUGCAUUGCCACUUUUGAUUGACCUUUGUGAAAAGGCUGGUUUGGUGCCCCCACCGUGUUUUAUGCGUCUCCCAACAGAGCUUAAAUUGAAGAUUUUUGAGUCUCUUCCUGGUGUUGAUCUUGCCAAGGUGGGAUGUGUGUGUUCUGAUUUGCAAUAUUUGUCUUCUGCUAAUGAGUUGUGGAAACAGAAGGUUGAGGAGGAGUUUGGAAAUGGGACACAAGCAAAGAGGUUGUUUAAUUGGAAGGAAGAGUUUCGAUCAUGUUGGGACCGCAAGAAGAAGAGGAAGAGGGAAGUUAGACAAUGGCGGCAAGGGUUUUCUCAUGUCCCGCUGAUGAGGAACCGUCAUCAUUUUACGAUCCCUGCCAUAUUGUUACCUGGACAGCAUGACCACAUGCCAUGUUUUUUCACCCCUUCUCCUUUUAGACAAGUUGAAAGGUUUCGAGUGCCAGGGAACGUUCCCCAUUGUACUUUUGAAGGAUCUGAUGAUUAGUCCGGUGACUCAAAGUUUCUAGUAUCAUGGUCCAGUGCUGGAAGUAAAUCCCUUAGGAGGUACAAAGUCAUAGAUUAUGUGUAUACAUAAAUAAGUCUGAUGCUCAGCCUACUACUGCAAUUAAGGUUUGAAUACCCGCAGAACUAUAGUAUCCUCUGAAAGUUUCAGUUGAUUUUGGUGUUUAUAGGGAAAGACUCAAAUUCCCGUUAUUAUAACUGGUGUGUAUGACUUUGGAAGAAUUUUUGUUGGGUUUCUUAAUAUUGGUAUUUUCAUGUGUAGAGUUUGUUUAUAA